GUUUAAUUUUGUCAAAGGGCUUGAAAUAAACACAGCUAAACCCCAACUCACCCCGUCAGCUCCCCAUUUAAUCCUGCAUUGGGUAGAUGAAAAGACAUGUUGAACAGAUACAUGCGAGAGCAUCUUCCCUACCCACCCCGGAAGACCAAGGCCUGGUUUGGUCCUUCGGCGGGGGCGGGCUCGGGGGCUGAUGAACGCGUCGCAGCUCCCACAAAUUGAAAUAACACAGACUUUGCGCUAGGAAAUUGACAAAAGCAGCCAAUCAAAACGUUCAUCCCACAAAAAUUCUGGCCAACUAACGGGUUGUGCCUUGGGCUAUUCCAAGGUGGCAGGAGAGAUCCGUGGCGAAUGGGGACGGGAGGCAAGAACACUGGCCGCCUUACGAGAGAUGUGGAGCGGGGAGAGGAUAUCUGACACGCCCAGAUUAGUUCCGCGUGUGUACUUGUGAAUGAACUACGUGGCACUGACUCACGUUGAGCUUGGAAGACGCGGCUCGGGCUUCUGUGUAAAUGCUCGGUACUGUUUUAUUUGGCGCUUCCUCCGACCGAUUGCUCGCUCGCCGUCGCUGCCGCCGUUGCCACCGCCAACCAAUCAAUUCGGCUCCAGCCCAGCAUGGAGGAAACAACAGGUCGCUCCCUAUACAGCUUCUCCGCCGUUUGCUGCUUCCUCGCUGGAGCCUUCCUGCCGCUGCCAGAAGAGAGAAGAGGAGAUGCACUGGAACCAGCAGAAAAGAGUUGGGCAGAAUUUGUCAUCAACUCCAUCCAGUACUGUGUCACACUUCAUAUUCCCCCACACUGAGGCUGGCAGCUUCAGCAACCGGAAAGUUGCCCCUACUGUCACAAGUGUGGAUGGCAAUGCCACCUUUGCUUCACAAUUAAAUGCCAGUAGCUCAGUUCCACAUGAACCUCUGGCCCCUACCACACAUGGCUCCUUGUAUACCACAGCAAGACUACAGAACACAACGCUUGUCACCAAUAGUAGUGGUGAUGACCGUUCAUUGCCUACUCCAGCUGCAAACGUGGUGGAAGUAAACCAGACCAGCCUGGAUUAUUCUGAACCCAUCAAUACCACAUCCUGGGUUAUUUCCAGCACAGUCGUCAUGGGUACAGAGCCCUCUAAAUCGAAGGACACACGAGGACCAACAGUUACUUCCCAGCCAGAAUCUUCCACACUUACCACCUUGGAGCCUACAAAAAGGAGACCAGAAACAAUGUCAGUGACAGACCAUGAAGCCAUUGCAGUGGAGAACAGUUCUGAAUCCACAUCGGCUCCAAAUAUGACUGAUACUGACAGAAGAGCACUCGCACUGAAUGCAUCUAGCACUACCACAUUAACACCAGUUGUUGUCUCCUCCACACGCACAUCCCACACAUUACUGGAAACAAAGCAGCCAGCUAACCAUGUGCAGAAGACUUCUGUAGUGGAUGUGGGAGAAGCUGGUGAAGAUUUGCCUAGUAUGCCAGAGGUCAACCCAGUAGGUGAGGACCCCCUGGUGAUUGCUGUCAUCUUCAUCUUUGUUGUAACAGUGGGGAUCCUGGCUCUUAUGGGGUUCUUGAGGUACCGGCAGCGCAAUGGUCGGCUACAGUUCCGGCGACUCCAGGAUUUGCCUAUGGAUGACAUGAUGGAGGAUACACCUCUUUCCCUCUACAGUUACUAAGCAACUGGAAGACAAUUGUCUUAUUCAGAUUCUGACAAGCCAAGGGAGGCUCAAAGGUUCCUGACUGGGAAGAGCAACCCUUGCAAGAUGUGGGGGCUGCUGUACUGAUUUGCACAUGACUAUAAAGUUGUGAGUCAGCUGACUUUUUCUUUAAAGACACCUUUUUAUUCAUUCUUAUUUUGAGAAUUGGAACCAGCCUCACCUGGACCUUUCCAUUGUACCUUGUGCUCAAAGGCUUACAGCUCUGGACAAAUGAACUUUCCACAGGUUUUGAUUCAGUGGCCACUAACUCUGGCUAACCAUUGCAAGGGAGGUCUUUCCAGGAUUCCUGGGGGCUGCACUGUGGAAUUCUUGCACAAGAAGUGAAGCAGCUCUGAUGGCAAUUCAGCCCAGCACAAGCCAUGGAGUAUAGCACCUGUGAAUGGAGAUGCAACCCAACUGUGAUUUAAAGAUCUAGGUGAAUCCCUCCUUGAGUUUUUUUUAAAUUAUUAUAUUAUUUAAAUUGCUCUUCUACUUUCACUUUUUAUCAAUAGGGACCCAAGAUGUUCCUGACGAUGUAGCAGGAAAACAGGGAGCGGUGAUCCAUUACUUGCCCUGAGCCCUGCUGCAUCAGACCAAAGGUCCUUUUAGUACAGCAUUCUGCUUCCCACAGUGGUUGGCCAGAAGCCUCCAGGAAGCUUGCAUGCAGGACUUGAAGGCGAUAGUCCUCUCCCACAGUUGUUCCCCAGCAAACUGUAUUCAGAUACAUAUUGCAUAGCCUGACUGCUACGAAAGAAGUGCUCCAUGCCCCAGUUAUUGCUGUAUUUCAGCAGGAAUAAAGCCAUUUUUGAUUCAGACUGCAUUGCUUGGGGAAAGUACCUUAGUUUUGGAGUUUCCCAACAAAGCAAAUUGUGCAGCUAUGCUCAGGACUAAGGUGUGCCAUGUGAGAUGCCUAGCAAUUUGAUGUCCAAUCCUUUUAUACCAGCCCAGUCCUGCUCAUCCACUACCAAGGCUGAUCGGUGGGACUCACCUGUACCUAUUGCUGCUAUUGGAAGUCACGUUUAGCUGUCCUACUUCCUUGCUUGCUAGCUCAGCAUUUGAAUAGUCCUGGCAACUGACUUUAUAUGGACUUGGCAGUUACCUCCUGCUGUUCAUACAGGGCCUUCAUUCCUCAUCUGUCACUUCCUUACCUGCUAACCCUAGAGGAAUUUGUUGUGCCUUGUCUGGAUAAAGAACUUAGAUUUACCAGCUCCUAGUUGUGCAACAUAAUCCUAAAUGUUGUGGCAAAAAAUGCUCCAAAAGAGGCCUUCUCAUUAAAACUACGGAGAGGACCCUGAGUUAAAAGUGGCUGCAGUUUCCCUCAUGCCUGUGUAGGGGCAUGCUUCUUCCUCCAUUUCAAGUUUUCUUGUUCCUGUCCUGUACCUUUUUUUCUCCAGUUCUGUUUUCCCUCACUUCACCUAGCUUUAUGAAGGCUUCUCCAGAAAACAAUAUUUUUGUGUUCAGACUGUUAUUGGUCCACAAAUAAAUUGGUUUCCCUCCA